CCUAGCGGAAAAUCGUUUUCCUCAACUUUCCACCUGGUUCGGACUGCACUCCUCGGGACAAAUCACGUUUUGCGAGGAAAAAGACUUUUAUCUUGCCGAGAACGGACACGGAGACACCACAACACGACCGUACUUUGAAGAAGAUCGAAAGAAGAAAAGUGGUGUGGCGGAUCGUGUUGAUUUUCCUUACAGUUUCCUCGGCGACCGUGCGGAAAAGUCGGACUGUUGGCAUCGAAAACGUCACAGACGUGUUGCAGCGUGUGAUAAAAGCGUGCGUGGGCUGCCCAAAUCCUUGCCCGAUUUCUCUCGUCGUUGUCCUCGCCGUCGAACGGAGGUCCGGGGAGCCAAGAGUAGAGCAAUCCGAGCAGCACACUUUCACCCCUUUAUUGAUUUGUUGGCAGCAGCCAGUCAUCUUACGGAGCGAAAGCGAACGCGCAGCACCACCCUAGCGAGCGGAAGCGAGAGCGAGAGCCGAGAAAUCGCGAAAUCGACGCACUGCGGGCGCAGCAGCCGAACGUUGAAGUGAGACAGUAUAGCAACCACCGCCACCUCCGCCACCUCCGCCAACUACACACGAGGACCGGAAGACCGGAAAAUAUGUCUGGCAACAGCAACAACGGCGGCGAGACGUUCGUGGUGCUUCCGCCGUGCACGGAAUCCAACCGGAAGCAGAUCAUCUUCGGACGAAAUGGCACAGGACCGAGUGAUCAGGUCAUGGAAGUGGUCUAUCAGCCAGCUCCAGCCGGUGGCAGCUCAGAGGCCGUAUCCUUGCCUAAUGGCUGUGAAAUCGAAGGAGGAACUGCCGCUUACGCCGCCAUCCUCAAUAAACCGGCCGGCAGCUGGGGAGCGGAGAGUGGAUCCAACGAGAAGGCCGUCACUGUUGGAUUGUCGUACUGCGGUGAUGCACCAGCCGAGGACGGUAAAGUGUCUUCCCUGGAUCUAGUGCGGCUCGGACUGGAGCGUGGUGAUAGUGCCACCGGAACCAUCGACGCGCUGGUGCAGCUCGUGGAAAAGCAUGGUUCGCAGGAUAGGAACGCGUUGAAGGCAGCGUUUGUCAUUUGUGAUCCGGCAGCCGUCUGGUUGCUAAACGUAGCGGGACAGUUCUGGGCGGCCAAGCAGGUACAGGACACGAGCAUAGCGCUGGCCGCAACCGGUUUUACGAUCGGAACAGCUUUUGACCGCAGCUCGGAAGGAUUAGCUGAUAAAGCGAAGGAGGUGGGUGCAUGGGAUGGAUCCGGAGAGUUUAAUUUUAGCGUAGCGUUCGGUGGCAGCAGCGCGACCGAACUGGCAACGAGAUCGUGGCCAGCACACGAGCCCGGUGCCGAGGGAGCAUUUGGAUUGAAGCAAAUGUUUGAAUGCUUACGAGCGGCAGCACCAUCGGCCCCGGCAGUGACCGGUUCUAGCCAGGUGUCGGUACUAACCGGUGCAGGUGAAUUGCCCUGCCACUGGUUUACCGCCACUCCGCAGGUGGAAGAAUCCGUCUUCAAACCGUUCAUAUUUACGGCUGGGGCGAAGAUAUCUCCCCUGACUCGAGUGCCGGAGGGUGAAUCGCAGACGCUGCUCCAUCGGCUGCAUAGCAACCGUAAGUGGGAAGCCGUGGGCAGUCUACUAAGCUCGCUCGAGGCUACUUGCGUGGAUGAGGUGAAUCGGUUCCUUAGCGAACACUCGGGUGAGCCGAGCCAGGAACUCGAUGAGCUGAUGAAAGACUGUGUCGAGGCGGAAGUGAAAUUCUAUCGCUAAAGGGGGAGCAUCUAGGAUCGAACAACCAUCGCGUCUGUCCGCGGUGUCCACUAGCACAAAACGGUGAUUGGCACGCAAUGCGCAUUUGAUUCAUGAUAUUCGAUUGUUUGUCGAACGAUAAGGUGGAGUAGCAGGUUGAGAAGGGAUGCGUCUUAAUUUCGUUCGUUCGGGAUUGUCCUUCUAGCAAAUGGAUUUCACUUUUUAUGUCCUCUAAUUUGGUCGGUGCAUGAGCACGAUAGCAGCUGCUACUAUGACUUAACGACCGACCGCACGCAGCAGUGCGAUACGUAUUAACUAUAGUAACCCCGCGAAAGAGCUGCCAGCUAUCCUGCGUACCCUGCGGUAUCGAUGCUUUCGCUAGACAGUGCGGGAACCUUUGGAUUUCUAUUGAAUGUGAUCUUUUUGUGCGAUCGUAUGUAUGUGUGUGCCUUCGUUUAUGUGUGUGUUUGUGUGUCUCUGUGUGUUUUUUUAAUCUUUUUUUAUCAGACUAUUUACACGAUUAGUAUCCUCUCGCAAUGCAGAUCUCUUUGCGCGAACGAUCUAUGUUUUCCUAUGGACUCAUAGCGAUUAACUGGGUCGUUUGCAAUGAUAUUAUUGCUUCGCUUAUUUAUUUUAUAAUUUUUUGUUGUUGCUGAAAGCAUUUAUGUGAAAACGAACUCCCCCCAAAUCUCCCAUGUUCUAUAACGUAUUGAAACUGGAUCUGUAGCUUACUCUGGGGCAGUGAGGCGGCUUUAUGAAUAGUAGAACGAACGAAAAACAAGAAUAAGCGAAAACCGAAAACGAACUGACCCCUAGGCAUUGCAGGCCAUGCAAGCAGGGUGUGCAUGGAUUCCGUAUCCUUUUACCCAACUUCUCUAUAAGCGAUUUUCUUGAUGGAUCAGCUAGAAGUAUGUAUAACCUGCCUUUAAGUUUCACCCUGUAUUGUGAUUUUUCCCGAAAGUAUUCAAGCGAUGAGCGAAACGGUAGAAGAGAAGAGAGGGACCUUGCGAACGCAGCGAGGAACGCUUCCCGGAUAGACCAGAUAUAAUAUUACUCAUUCCAGCGUUAAGCAUACAGCAGCAAUACAUUCCUUCGAAUACACCACACCCAGUGUGCAGUACAGCCGCCCAAGUAUCUAGCAACCAUUCUCCCUUCCAACAUCAUCCCAACACACAGUGUCUCAGUAACCGGAACGACUGCUAGGUAACCCAUCCUAUACGUAUUAUAUUCAAGCAUUGAUUACAACGGCAGUGGCAGUAUGGUGGCUUAUACAAAAAUGCAGAUUUAAAGAAUAAGAACGCAAAGAGCACAAUCGGCUUCUAAACGGUGUUACGCCGUUGUCGUCAUCAUCAUCCGGAACAAUAACUCUCAACUCAACCGGCCUGUACCCGGGCAGCCGAGUAACCGGUUUUGUGAGCCGCCAAGAAGCGUCCAAAUUGGGAAAACAAAUAACGAUGAUUGUAGCCCCACAACCCAUUUAUCUUAAUAAUUUAAGCCUCUGCCUGGCCGUCUCAGGACGACCUACAUAGCGCUGAUGUGAUCGUGCGAAAGAGCGAGCGUCGUUUCUGCAUAUGAUGAACCAAAUAAUAAUAAUAAAUAAUAAAAACGAAAGUAUGUUUACCA